CAAGUACGCACACGCAUUGGGAGUGCACUGAGAGUUCACCGGCGCUGGGUAGGAGGGGAGUGGACACACGUUCGGGGGGGAAAGUAGUCCUCACUGCGGACCCUCGGCCCGGUCGGGAAGGAGUUUGCUCUUACCAGCGAGGCGUUCAAGUGCACGGCGGGCUUGCGUGGCGUGUGAGGGCAAAGUUGAGCGUGCAGAGGGAAAACAGACCACUCCACACGUCAUGGAGAAAGAGAGCUCCUGGAGUCUCAAGGAAGAUGGGACGAGUCCACUCUGCAAGUCUGGCGGUAAUUACGGGGGAAAAGACAGGAGGAUUAAGGCCCCGUCCCAUCCAGGAGUCCCAUUUGUGGGAUUGAUGCUCCUGGCCAUCAUCCCCUUCGGAGCAAGCAUCAAACAAAGUGUCCCUCGGGUCAAACUCAGCCAGAGAGAACUGCUUCAAGCCGGCAGUGUGUCUCAGUUUUUGGGGCCCUCCGAUGGCCUCCUUUCCCAUUCCCUGCUGCUGGACGAGGAGAGAGGUCGUCUUCUGCUGGGAGCCAGGGACCACAUCUACCUGCUUGACCCUGACAACCUGGCCAAAAAUCCCAGAAAGAUCCACUGGCCUGCAUCUUGGGACCGAGUGGACGCCUGCAAACUGGCGGGCAAAAAUUCAAACCAGGAGUGCGCCAACUUCGUGAGGGUGCUCCACAACUACAACAUGACACAUGUCUACGCCUGCGGGACAGGAGCCUUCCACCCCAGCUGUGCGUUCAUUGAAAUCAGCGGUUCCAGACAGGAUGGAACUUUCCAGCUGCUGCCUGGUACCGUGGAGUCUGGCAGAUUGAAAUGUCCGUUUGAUCCCUUGCAGUCAUUCACCUCAGUCCUAACAGAUCAGUACCUGUACGUGGGCACAGCCUCAGACUUCCUGGGCAAGGACACCACGUUCACACGCUCCCUCGGCCCGCCACCCGACCAGCACUACAUACGCACGGACAUCGCCGAGGACUACUGGAUCAAUGAGGCCAAGUUCAUAUCUGCACACCCCAUAGCGGACACCUACAACCCGGACGACGACAAGAUGUACUUCUUCUUUCGGGAGGUGUCGUGGGAAGGAAACGACAAGAGCAUUCUGUCCCGCGUGGCUCGGGUCUGCCAGAACGACGUGGGCGGGCUGAGAAGUUUGACCAACAAAUGGACCACCUUCCUCAAGGCCAGACUGGUGUGCUCCAUACCUGGACCUGACGGUGUGGACACGCACUUUGAUGAGCUGCAGGACAUUUUUAUGCUGCCCACCAGGGACCCGAAGAACCCCACAGUGUACGCAGUCUUCACCACCUCCAGCUCCAUUUUCAGAGGCUCGGCCGUGUGCGUGUACAGCAUGUCGGACGUCAGAGCCGUGUUCAAUGGGCCCUACGCUCACAAGGAGGGGCCGGACCACCGAUGGGUAGAAUACGAGGGACGGAUACCGUACCCCCGUCCUGGAACGUGUCCCAGCAAGACCUACGACCCGAGGAUCAAGACCACCAAGGACUUCCCCGAUGAGGUGGUCAGCUUCAUCCGCAUCCACCCGCUGAUGCACCGCGCCGUCCACCCGCUGAGUGGACGGCCCGUGUUCACGCGAGUUCGCGUGGACUACAGCCUCACGCAGAUCGUGGUGGACCGGGUCUUGGCGGAGGACGGCCAGUACGAGGUCCUCUUCCUGGGCACAGAUGCCGGCACAGUUCUAAAGGUGGUGAGCAUCACCAGAGACAAGUGGCUGACGGAGGAAGUGGUGCUUGAAGAGCUUCAAGUGUUCCAGGUUCCCACGCCCAUUCUGAGUAUGGAGAUAUCUUCGAAGCAGCAACAGCUGUACCUGGGAUCCAGCCAGGGCCUGGCGCAGGUUUCGCUCAGCAGGUGUGGCCUCUACGGGCAAGCCUGCGCCGAGUGCUGCCUCGCCCGAGACCCCUACUGUGCCUGGGAUGGACACACCUGCUCCAGAUACGUCCCUGCGUCCAAAAGGAGAGCCAGGAGACAAGACAUCAAGCACGGAGACCCCGCAAGCCAAUGUUGGGACACAGAAGACAGUCUGGGUGUGGGUCGGGUGGAGGAGAGAGUUCUCUUCGCGGUCCAGAGCAACUCCACCUUCCUGGAGUGCGUCCCCAAAUCUCAGCAGUCCCAGAUCCGCUGGUUUGUCCGAAGAACUGGAUCGGAACACAGGGAAGAGGUCCGGCCGGACGAUCGAGUCAUCCAAACGGACCGGGGCCUCCUUAUCCGGGCCCUGCACGCCGCCGACGUGGGCGUGUACGAGUGCGAGGCCCAGGAACGCACACGUUUCGCGCACACCCUCCGCCGCCUCACGGUGCAGCUCGUGCCACAAGGACACCUGGACAGAAAGACCAAGUCCGGCGAGGACCCCCUCGCGGAGCUGAAGAACGCUCGCCAUUACAAGGACUACCUGAGGCUGAUGAGCUCGCCCGUGGGGUCGCUGGAGGACUACUGCGACUCGCUCUGGCUCGAGAAGAGGUCGUUAAAGGCCCGAGGGCGAGCGGUGGGCGCCGGGAAGUGGAAACACAUCCAGGAACUGAAGAAGAGCAGGAACCGGCGGCACCACAGGGAGUGACCGAUUAUUGAGCAUUGCGGUGAACAAGUCAGGACUGUAAAAGCGUUUCUUUACAUCUUGCACACUACGGGUUUGAUUUGCCAAAAUCCAAGUACUACUUGCUAAACAGCAGGUGCAAACUAUACAAUUCAUGAGCGUGUUGCGUGUGUUCUACUAAAUCUGCCUGUGCAAUUGCUAACCGGUGCAAACCGCCUAGUUUAAUAAGGUUUUAGCAAGUACUACUAAGUGUGGCCAUGGAAACACUCAUUUCCCGCCACAUUCAAGUUACGAUGCUCUCCAGCCGGUGAGCGUUGCUGUCAAACUAGCAGCACACAUCUCACAUCUCAAACUCCUUUUCAGCAAUGUAGAAUUGAAAUCGGCCGAUAUGUGCUUUAAAAUAUAAUAUCGGAAAUUAUCGGGAUCGGUUUCAAAAAGUAAACUGUAAGACUUUUCAAAACGCCGCUGUACGGAGCGGUACACGGACGUAGGGAGAAGUACGGAGCAGUUGCGUCUCCCAGUCGUAGUUGCCAACCCUCCCGAUUUUCCUGAAUUUCAGUUGCCCCUUCCGAAAAUCUCCCAAAACCCAAACCCAAAGCUCAUGACUAUAGGUGAGGGAACAUAGUUCGACCUGUAAGUUGAGAGCUUGGCCUUCCGCCUCAGCUCGUUCUUUACGACAACUGACCGAUACAGGGGUCCGCAUUACUGAAGAUGCCGCACCGAUCCGCCUGUCCAUCUCACGAUCCACUCGUGAACAAGACUCCGAGGUACUUGAACUCCUCCACUCGGGGCAAGAUCUCCCCCCCAACUCGGAGAUGGCACUCCAACCUUUUCUGGGUGAGAACCAGACUCCCCAUUCCCCAACUGCUUUGUCUAUCUCCUCCCAAGGGAUCCCGAGGCAUUACCAGGCCGCUUGUACCUGUGAUCAUGUCCUUUUGGUUAUAACCCAAAGCUUAUGACGAUAGGUGAGGGAACAUAGUUCGACCUGUAAGUUGAGAGCUUGGCCUUCCGCCUCAGCUUGUUCUUUACGACAACUGACCGAUACAGGGUCCGCAUUACUAAAGACGCCACACCGAUAAGCCUGUCUAUCUCACGAUCCACUCUUCCCUCACUCGUGGACAAGACUCAGAGGUACUUGAACUCCUCCACUUGGGGAAAGAUCUCCUCCCCAACUCGGAGAUGGCACUCCACCCUUUUAAGGGCACGAACCAUGGACUCGGACUUGCUAAGAAUGAAUAAGUAUAUUAAAUCAACGCUAGAUAAAAAAGAUGAGCUUGUUUCUAACAAAUCGAAACAUACAAAAUAGCGCCCGCAGAGCAGUUACAGUCUUGCUAAAUCACACUGCCCGUGCUAAAUGAGUAUUGUGGCCAUUCUUUUGAUCAACAUGUAUUCUGCAUACGCACCAACACGUUUAACAGAUUGCGCUCCUUUCUCUGCUCACUAAGAUGUAACCCUCUAGUAGCACUAUCCAGUUUGCAUGCCAUUGACUGUGCGCAGACCUUGAGUAGACACCAGAACCACCCAUUAUUUGGUCAUUGUAAUGCAUUAAAAGAUUGUUGUGUUUGUGUUUCCUCUCGGUGAUGACAAUGCAUUCAUGUUGAAUGUCUGUAAAUAACUGUAGAACUUGUACAGUAUCGUGUAGACCACUUCCAGUGUAGUCCUUGUACUUUAGUCUGAUAGCAACAACGACUGUGGCGUCAGGGUCAGCCCGGAACUACAUUUCUGUACCGGAGAUCCACUUUGAAAACUAUUUAAAUAAAUGUUUCUUGUUCCAAACUCAAAA